UUUCUGAUUAGCAAGGCCUUCAACGCAAGCAACAGUCCGGCAAGCCUCAAGCAAAAAGUUUUAAAAUGACCCACGACGCUGUUUGGUUCUCUCGUCCUAGAAAGUACGGAAAGGGUGCCCGCCAGUGCCGCCUCUGUGCGCACCAGGCCGGUCUCAUCCGCAAAUACGGCCUUGACUUGUGCCGUCAAUGCUUCCGUGAAAAGUCAGCUGCCAUUGGUUUCGUGAAGAACCGGUGAAAUGUAUCCUGUCGCGCACCUGCAUCUUAUAUCAUCAUUCUCUCGU